AGAAAGAGGGAAGGAAAACGCGUCGUCCCGAUGGUCGAUUCACGACACCGUGUUGCCGUUCGCGAUAUGCGUCGUCGUCGACGUCGUUGUCGUUGAUGUCGACGGCGGAGUCGCCGGGCUGGCAGCCUCGAUCGAGCGACGACACAAGGUGUCCCCGGCGACCCCGCCGCACGCGCGAGUUGAAAGCCCUGGCCUUCCUAACCUAAAUUCUAAAUUCUGUCACUCGGCGCCUCGGCGCCGAACGACAACCGAGGAAGGGACGGUAGAAGAGGCGUGCGGAGAAGAGAGGCAGGCGAAGGAGGACGGCGACGAGGGUCCCCGUGAUCCCCCAUCCGUCCCCUUCUCCCUGGCUCCGUUUCCCACCUCUUCGAUUUUUUGACAGCUAAAAAUACAGUUUUUGAUGGAGGCUGCGCCGCAACUCUAUUUCGGCGCCAGCCGUACUUUUCCGCGUUCGCGAAGGUUCCUCCCCCCUCGUCGACGCGAGAAAAUCCUUCGCACUCCCUUUUUUCCUCUCCUUGCCUUAAAAAAAAAAAAAGUGUCACGCGCGGCAAAAAGGAACUGCGCCCGGCGCGGCAUUUCGAUCGAGAUCUCGCAUCGAUUCGCGUCUAGCUUCAUUGUUUACCGAUCGUAUGUAGUACAUACAAGGUGGCCUCGUGUCGCAAUCGAACGCUACGUGCUCGAGGCUUGACGACGACGACGUCGACAAUGAUGCACCAGCCGCGCGGAUGUCGACGCUUAAUACGCCAUAGCAUCACGACGAUCGAAGGAGGAAAGCAGACACGAUCGAACACCGCGUGCCGGUGUCGAAUCACUCGCCGAGAUAUGAAUGAACGAGCGCACAUACCGGAGGAUCGGUUUACUUUCCGCUGCGCCUUAUCAACGCCUUAUCAUUUGUCAUUAAUAAGAAUCUAAUUUAUUCCUUCGUUGAAAUAACGCGAUUUGAAGCAAGCCUCGUGCAUCUCGUCCGUAUAACGAACUGUUGACUCUUAGAAAUCUCUCGCGUUUUCAGGUGGUUCCGAGAAAUCUCAAGAUAAAGUCGGAGUACACGCGAGAAGGAAUCGCAUAAGUAAACCGAGCUACAUGCAUUUUUAUGUGGACUCUCCGGAAAGUCUUCGAGCCGCCUCCUACCGAGAAUACUCGAGAUAAGGCCAGAGUACACGCGAGGAGGCUCAUCAUGUCGCAUCAUAUCGUUACUGUAUGCGUGGUGUGUGUACUGUGCGCCGCACAUGUACCCUGCUCGGCGCACACGAACUUGUCGGCGACGACAUCGGACAGUUCGACAAGUAUUAAAAAUCAUUCGGGCUCAGACACGCAAGGACAACCAGUUUGGUCGCCGAUAAGGUUUAAAGAUCCGUACUUGAGGAAUCAGCAAAGAUACAACCCGAAUAACUUCACUAGCAAUAAGCACGACGCUGUGAGAUCUCAUAGUAUGCGACGCAUUGAUAACAAUAAUAACAGUAUCUCAGUAACCGCCAAUGCGAUAUCAACUGCAUCGCAUGAUACUUAUACUAAGAAGGGGAUGAUGCGAAACUUCAAGGGCGGUGGGAGCCUGCAGGUCACGCAACCGUCAAUUACGAGCGAGAAUGUGUCUGUAAAUUCGAGGGAGGCGGAGCUUUUGGAGCGUCUUGCUCAAACGGAGUUAGUGCCAGGUGUCGAGCAGAAGUCUGCACGAUCUAGCAAAGAUUUGCGUACUGUUAAUAGAUCUAGAUUAAAAAGAGAUGUGAACGAGAUGUACUUCAUGCAAAAGAUCUUCGAGGCCUAUGGUGAUGGAACGAGUAUAACUAUGGAGGGUUUCGAGAAACUUGUCCGAAAGCUAGGUCUACUAAGAUUGUUGACUGAUGCAUCACAAGUGGAUAGCGGUAGCACUGAUAGAAAUAGUAAGAGUUUUCCAAAUAAAGGCCUACAUGACACAGAUAGUAAGAAUAACAGGGAAAGGUGCUUAAACAGUCAAGAGUUGCUAAGUACUGUCGCCCAAGAUACGCACUACGCUUCUAAUGCAACGACAUUGCCCAGUUGGCUCUUCGAACGCGUAUGUCCGGUUCUUGUGUACCAAUUAGCUGCCGAAUCGAGUUCAGAAAGAAACGGCUGUAUACGGGUACCCGAGAAUUAUAAGCCUGUCAUGCCGGUUGAUAAAUUUUAUACAGCGGAGGACUCGACGCGCAAUACUAUAAAAGUCUGGGUAUAUUCAUCAGUUAGUAUUUUCGUAAUUAGUCUUAGCGGGCUGCUCGGUGUAGCAGUAAUUCCGGUCAUGGGAAAGAAUUAUUACCAUCAUGUGCUACAGUUUCUAGUUGCGCUGGCCGUAGGUACUUUAACCGGUGAUGCCUUUAUCCAUCUAUUACCACACGCGAUGAUGCCGCUUCACAGUCAUGAACACGACGAUCAAGAACACGAGCAUCAUCACGAGAGCAAUGCGUUAUUAAUUGAUCAUGUAAAUCUACAUACCAUGAAUAUGUGGAAAGGAUUGGUCGCUAUGAUGGGCUUCGUGCUGUUCUUUUUCACUGAGAAAGCGUUGAAUGUGAUAUCCGAAUGGCGGAAGCAUUACCAGCAUAGAAAAAAGCUACCUACGCGCGUAAGAGUGAUGAGGGAGAACGAUGGGCCAAACAGCAAUGUCGUUGGUGAAAAGCUGUGUAAACACAAAUACUCUUCGUACCCGUAUUGUUACGGCGAGAUUGCCAGCGAAACUCAAGAUAAUCAUCAUCGCCGAAUGAAUCAUCACGAGAGACCGCCUAUCAUAGAGGAGGAGAAACCAUUGACAUCAAAUUGUAAUUCCGUUAAAAUCAUGACCAACGGAGACAAUGGAGAUAUAGAGAAGAAACCAAAGGAUGAUUGGAGAAUGGAUGAUCCAGUCGAAAAUGCUAAGAAAAAUACCGAUGGCGACGUGUCGUUAAACGAAUCGGAAAGCUAUACCGUCAUCCUACGUGAGCACGAAACCAAACAUCAUGGUCAUAGUCAUUCCCAUGGCCAUGUACACUCGGCUCCCGAAUCAAUGUCCAACGUAGCUUGGAUGGUCGUAAUGGGAGAUGGUCUGCAUAAUUUUACGGAUGGUAUGGCUAUCGGUGCAGCUUUUUCGGCAAACAUCGCAGGUGGAUUCUCCACGGCUAUCGCUGUCCUCUGUCAUGAGUUGCCUCACGAACUCGGUGACUUUGCAGUGUUGUUAAAAGCGGGCAUGAGUACCAAACAGGCUGUUUUUUACAAUUUAUUAUCUUCAGUGCUCUGUCUAUUAGGUAUGAUUGGUGGAAUAUUGUUGGGAAGCACUACCGAUGCAACCAGCUGGGUAUUUGCAGUUGCCGCUGGAAUAUUUAUAUAUAUAGCAUUAGUAGACAUGGUACCAGAAUUGACAUCGAGUCAUUCCGCGGAAAGUGGUUCGCGACUGCAGUGCAUUUGGCAGACUUUAGGUUUAUCGACAGGCCUCGGGAUUAUGUUACUUAUCGCCGCCUACGAGCACGAUCUUAAACAUAUUUUCGACAACUAGAUUUACGAAUAACUUGCUCUUGUAUCGAUGUUACGAUGGAAAUCUCUUCCUAUUACGUUUCUAUCUUUCUAAUUUAAUCUCGUCCCUUAGCAGUUCUUUAGCUCUUAUUGCAGUGAAAGGAACAAGUGGCUCUCUCUCUUUUUCUCUCUCUAUCUCUUUCCCCCGAAGCAAUUAUUUCGUGUAUUUGGAAAGAAAGGACGUAAUGGAAAGGCUAUACAAAUUAGAUCACAAUUUAGAUAAAGCGACAAUGUCCAAACUAGGAUUGCCGGUAAAAGUACUUUAGAGGAACGAAAGCAUUGAAUUCCGAAAGAAUAGGAUUUCUAUUAGACAGAGUACCAAUAAUCGAAUUGUCAAUCGAACUAUAAACUGUGUUAAUUAUUUCCCAAUCAAUUAUAUUAAAGAUAUUUCCUGCCUUUUCCAAGAUUACAGUUUAGAUAUACUCUUAUCAAAUGAACAAAAUUUAUUCAUCACAAGAUACAUUUUGAAUUUUCUAAUAUCUAUAUAAAUAAUCAUCAAGAGACUGAACGAUCUUGAAACUAUUUUUUUCUUUUACAAAGUCAAUAAUCGUAUGUCAGCGAUGUCAGUUAUUAAUUCACAUUCAUUACUAUUAAACGUACGAUAUUGAUAGAAUAUUAUGUACAGUUUUUUACGAAUGAAGGAUUUGUAUAUGAUGAUGGCGUUUAAUUCAAUAUUUUCAGUUAGUAAUUGGUUGAAAUAAUGAUACAAGAGUAUUUAAGUAUUAGUUUGCAGCAAAUUUGUGAUAAUUUUGUAUAACAAGUUACUUACAAAUCAAUGUAUAUUUCAUUAUAGAUACACAAGUAUGUUGCACAACUCUUUGUAAUAUUGUAAUGUUUUUGCAAUUUAAAUAGAUCUAUUAUAUUGAGUUUUUUUUAAGACUUUUUUUUACAAGAUGGAAAAGUGUGUUGCAAAACAGUCUCAAAAACUUUUUGUUUGAUAAAUCAACAUGACUUGAGAGAAGUGUUAUAUAUAAUGGUAUUUGAAACUUGUAUUUAUGUUUACACACGGAUGUUUAUUUUCAUCAAAUAUUAACGAUAAUAAUUAUAACAAUAACGAUAAUGAUAGUAAUAACUUUAGGAUUUUAUAUACACUACAUUGAAAUACUAAGAAUUUUAAUUUUUUUUUCAUGUUGCUUUUAUUUCAUGAUCAUUACGUGUGCAUGUUGGAAUGUAUUUAAAUGUAACGAGAAAUUGCAGCUAUGCAAGAGAUUGUACAUUACUAUGAUAUAUUGACUUUUCAACAAUUAUUGUUAUUCUGUCGAAAAUUUAAUUCCAUCCAUACGUUUUAUAUGUAUCUAUAAGUUCCUCUUGUUACUAUACAUAACUAGUAUUAAUAACCAAUAACACGUGCGAUUUUGGUUAUUUUUAUAGAAAAUAUAUUAAAAGUAUAAAGAGCGUUUACGUUCUUAUAUAUCAAUUUUGUUUAUACAGAACUGAGAUUUGAGCUGCGUUACUGAGGUAUGGAUAAAAUAAUGUUUUUUUAUUUAUAAAAACUGAAUAAUUUUGUUAAUUGGUAUGCCAAAUAUGGCAUUUUACUAAGUACCCAGAUAAUAUCCGAAAUAAUAAGAUGUUCAAUUAGUAUCUUAAACACAUGGAUACCCGAAUAUUCACAACAAUAAGAAAAACAUCUCGCGAGGCAAAAAUGAUUAAGAAAACCCACCAAUAGAGAAUAGAAAGUUUCUUUUUAAUUUAAAUAAAUAUUAAUAGUAAAAUUAUAAAAACA